ACUUUUUUGAGAAAGCAUGAGAGAGAGAGGUAGAGAGAGAGGCAGGGAUUCAGGUAUCAGGCACCGCUCGAGGACAAGACGGAUAGCACUGGGAAGAGAGUGGAUUAGCAACCAUGAGAGAAAUCGACAGGUGAGGAUACGAGAUGUGCAGCAACAGAGCUGGGAUAGAAACAGGAAGGGCUCCGACGAACGGGGAUACAACAGAGGGAUAUACAAGCAAGCCACAAGCUUCUUCUUCACAAAUAUUCCGGAUGAUUGGAGCUACAACGACAUGUGGAGCACAUUUGGCAAGAAUGUUAUGGAGCUGGAGAGUCAACUAGAUCAGAUCAGGAUUGAGGGGCGAAAGAUAUGGGUAAAUCUAGCUAAGUAUCCAGAGGAGAGAGGCAAAAAGGAAAAGGUUAGAAUGGAGAUCAACGAUUACAAAGUUUCCCAGGGGAAAUCAUAUGCAGAUGUUGUAAGAGGAGAACAAGGAGGAGAUCCAAGAAAAACUAGAGAUCACAUGCCAGCAACGAGUCUGAAGUUUGAACCCCAUAGGCAACCGAAACAGAGACAGGAAUGGAAAAUGAAAAAUAGAGAAGAAGAGUGGUCGGGUAUGGAGUAUAUAGUAAAAGAGGAAGAUUUUGAGUGGCUAAAGGGAUGUUAUGUAGGCAUAGCUCGUUCAGUGGAGAUUGUUCCGAUUCUGCAGGAGAGAUUCUACAUGGAAAAAUACUUUUCAUGUAAUCUUAGAGCUAUGGGGGGAAAAAUGGUCCUUAUGGAAUGUGAGGACAAAGAAGAGCUUAAAGACUUAGUGCAGCACGCAUCUGAUUGGCUUGGUCAGUGGUUCUCAGAAGUAACACAGUGGUCUCCUUCAAUGGUGGCAAAAGAGAGGUUCGUCUGGAUAAGAUGCCAAGGUGCACCUUUACAUGCUUGGGGCCCAAAGUUUUUUGAAUCCAUGGCAUCAGUUUGGGGCAAAUUCAUUAGCUUGGACGACAGUACCAGCAAGAGAAGAAGAUUUGACAUUUCCAGGUUCCUCAUCUCUACAACAAAGAUGGAGGCAAUCUCAGUAAAAAGAAAGAUUAAAGUGAAUGGAGCAAUGUAUGAGCUAAAAUUCACAGAAGAAGAACUGACGAACAGCCUUUUCUCUCUAAAAUAUGAUUUCAUGCCAAGUUUCAAUAGCGACCAAGAGGAUGGUGAAUCAUGGUCUGAAGACACCGAUUAUGAUGAGGAUGGUGACGAGAUAAGCAAGGAAGCAGAUAAAGAGACAAUCGCCGAUGGAAAAGAGGUGGCCGGAGAUAACAUAGAGUAUGAAGAAAGAGGAAGUAGGUUGGUUGUAGCUCCUAUACCCGAGGAAAAAUUUGAAUUGGAUGGAACAGGUAAUGAUGAGACACAGCUCUACAAGGGUGACAGUCCAGUCCAAAGCAGGGUGGGUGAGGAAGAGACGGUAGAAGUGGUAGCAGACAGCUUUGACAUGGAAAUAGAAGGAGAUGACGUCGAUGGCAGAGAAAAAGUUGGAGAGUGUGAAGCUGAAUUUGAAAAAGGGAGGCAAAUGAGUUUAGGCCUAUUAGCAAGCUCAGGAAGAGGCGUAACGGGCCUACAACCUCAACCCAACCCAAAAACAUUGGGCCACUCUUUUUGGGAGGGUCUUGGAAGUGAAGAUGGGAGUGAGAAGGAGUGGAUGAGAGUGAUGCCGAAGCAGAGCAAGCAGAAAAGAAAGAAAAAAGUAAAGGCGUGUAGUGUGAUAUACAAAAGAUCACUCCCUUUAGAAGUCAGGAAUCAUAAGAAGAAAGGCAGAGGCAGAUCUGGGUCGAGUCAAGCAGAGGAGGAGGAAACUUCAAAGGGCUGCCAGAGCACAAGCAUCUCAGUGGCAGGGGGAUCGGUGGGGGAUAGUGGCAUCCAAAAUUGCAACAGAAGGUGGAACAAGGUCCCCAACAAACGAAUCGCAGCUGAAUUGUGGAAUUUUGUAAAGAGGAUCGGGGCGAUAACAGAGGAAGAGGAGUCGGUCAUCAGGAAGCUAGAGGAGAUGGAGAAAAGGGAUAGAGCAUCAAAAGAGGAAGAAAACGCAAGAAGAGCAAGUGAAGUACAGAAGGAAACCAAGAAGUGCGGGUUAGAUAAGAAUUAUUGUAAAAGGCUAUGGCACUCAGAUGACUUUGAAUGGGUGGGGAAGGAUUCUGUUGGAAGGUCAGGAGGGCUGUUGUGUGUAUGGAAUGCUAAAGCCAUCACUGUGAAGCACGUUUGGGAAGGAGAGAAUUUUAUUGGUAUCCAAGGGGUGUGGAUUGCAGAGAACGUUGUGGUGAAUGUUGUCAAUGUUUAUUCCCCAUGCCAACUUGCUAGAAAAAGAAUCUUAUGGCUGGAGUUAAAAAAUUUAAUUCUGCAAACAGGAGGAAUGUGGUGUGUCGUGGGAGACUUUAACGCAGUCCGGAAUGUUGAGGAGAAGAUAGGGAGCAGUAGAUUAACUACAGAGAUAGGGGAGUUUAACAACUUCAUUACAGAUUCGGGUCUGAUUGAUAUUCCGUUAGUGGGUAGAAAAUUCACAUGGUACCAAACAGGGGGCAAAUUCAUGAGUAGAGUUGAUAGAGCACUGUUGUCAGAGGAAUGGUUAUCCAGGUGGGGGGAAGCUACACAAUGGGGGUUGAGUAGAACAGUCUUUGAUCACUGCCCUAUCUUGCUUAGACAUAAGAAAGUGAAUUGGGGACCCAAGCCGUUCAGAUUCUUUGAUAUAUGGCUUGAGCAAAAAGAGUGCAGGGAGCUGAUAAGACAAGCAUGGAAACAAGCAAAUAUCCGAGGAUGGGCUGGGUUUCAACUUAAGGAAAAGCUGAAGAUCACCAAGGAAGCACUGAAGAAGUGGAGCAAAAUCUUUGUUCCCGAAAUUGACAUCAGAAUAAGAGAGGCCACAGCACAGAUUGAGCAGUUAGAUCUGAAAGAGGAGUCGGAGCAGCUAGCAGAUGAGGAGAUUGAUAGAAGAAGACAGGCUUUGCUAGAUCUAUGGAACAAUAUAAGAUACAAGGAGAAACAGUGGAAGAGGCCAACUUUAGAAGGAGUAGAAUUCAAGAGAAUCUCUGCAGAAGAAAACAAAUCCCUCACUUCACCAUUCUCCGAAGAAGAGAUUAAGACUGCGGUAUGGGACUGUGAAAGCUCUAAGGCACCAGGGCCGAAUGGAUUCAACUUCAAAUUCAUCAAAAGUGAAUGGGAGACAAUCAAAGGGGAUGUCAUCGGGUUCCUAGAGGAAUUCCAGAGAAAUGGCAAGUUGGUGAAAGGUCUUAAUUCAUCCUUCAUUGUGCUGGUGCCAAAGGUAGAAAACCCCCAGAAAAUCGAAGAAUACAGACCUAUCUCGCUUAUAGGGGCAGUAUAUAAAAUUCUUGCCAAAUCUCUGGCCAAUCGUCUUAAGAAUGUGCUGACAGGGGUAGUGGGUGAACAUCAAAUGGCAUUUAUAAGCGGAAGACAAUUGAUGGAUGAGGUCAUGAUAGCAAACGAGGUUGUGGAGGAAACAAAAAAGAAGAAGAAGAAAGCCAUUAUGCUCAAGAUUGACUUUGAGAAAGCUUACGACAAGGUUAGCUGGAGCUUCUUGGAUUUUAUGCAGCAGAAGAUGGGAUUUUCUACUAAGUGGAGGAAAUGGGCUAUGGAGUGCCUGAAAUCCAGCAUGGUGUCGGUACUAGUCAAUGGCAGUCCUACAAGGCAAUUCUCGGUCUUGAGAGGCUUGCGGCAAGGAGAUCCACUGUCACCUUUCCUAUUUCUAAUCAUUGCAGAAGGGUUCAAUGGGAUAGCUUCAACAGCAAUACAAAAUGGGUUAUUGAAAGGUGUGGAAAUAGGACAUGGAAGAUUCAAGGUCUCACACCUACAAUAUGCAGAUGACACACUCUUGUUUGGUGAAGCUACUGAGGAGAAUGUCUGGGCCAUGAAGGAUAUUAUGAGAACAUUUGAGCUGGUGUCGGGGUUAAAGAUCAAUUUUAACAAAAGCCUAAUCAUUGGCAUUGGGGUAGAGGAAGAGUGGCUUGACAAAAUGGCAUGGAUUAUGUGCUGCAAAAAAGGGAAUAUGCCUUUCAAAUACUUGGGAAUCCCCAUCGGAGGUAGCUGUAGAAAGAUCUCCUUUUGGAAGCCGCUAGUGGAGAUGUCGAUGUACUUGAUCCCGAAAGGUACAAUUCUAUCCCUUGAUAAAAUUCAUAGAAGAUUUUUGUGGGGUGGGGCUGAGGGAGGUAAGAAAAUAAAUUGGGUCAAAUGGGAUUCGGUUUGCAAGGAUAAAGAACUAGGGGGAUUAGGGGUAAAGAACCUUAGGAAAUUUAAUUUGGCACUGUUAGGCAAAUGGUGGGGCAGAUUAGUGAGUAAGGAAGAAGGGCUUUGGAAAAAAGUGAUCGCAGAAAAAUAUGGGAAAGUGGGAGAGCCUAGCUAUAAUUCGCUGAGGGAGAAUAUUGGCUAUGGAUCAACUUGGUGGAGGGACAUUUGUAGAUUAAACAAUAUUGAGUGCAAGCAUGAGGGGUGGUUAGCGGAGGGGUUCAAAAUCAGAGUGGGAGACGGGAGUAGCAUAAAAUUAUGGUGGGAUGAAUGGUGUGGGGAAGGUCAACUGGCAAAUAGAUUCCCUAGACUUUAUUUAUUAUCUGCAGGAAAGGAUUUCAAAGUUUCACAGUCGGGAGGGUGGCUCAACGGAACAUGGAUUUGGCACCUGGAAUGGAGAAGAGGACUGCAUAGCUGGGAAGAACAAGAAGUAUCAGAGCUCAUGAAAAUGAUCAACGACAUUACAAUCACAAGAGGAAAAGAAGAUAGAUGGGAGUGGAGUCAUAGCAAAGAUGGAGAUUAUUCUUCAAAGUCAGCCUACCAAGCGCUCAUGAGGGAGCAUGGAAUGGAACAACAACAGUCGGCUCUCCACAAACAUUGCCCACAACCUUUAGAAUGCAUGCUUCAGAUGGUGGGGGGUAAAAUCAGCUCUGGACAAAGAUUGCUUAAAGCUAGAAAUGAAAGGAUUUUUAGAGGCAAAGAGGUGGAUGAGAACAGACUCCUCGAACUUGUCCAGCUAAGAGCCUUUAGUUGGAUAAAAGGUAGAUCGAAAAGCUGCACCUUCUCACUAUCAGAUUGGCUUCAGAAUCCAUCAGCUUGCAUUAAGAACUAGCGCAGCAGGGAGAAAAGGUGCUGAUGGACAAGCUUCAAAUGAAAUGCUUAUUGGAGCUCCUUAUUUAGUGGUUAUACUAAUGGUUUCAGUGUUUACUGUAGAGGAUUCAAUAAUUUUAAUUUUGUUUGUCUUCUAAGCGAACAUUUGAACUCUUAUUCAAUUAUUAUACCUAUUGGCCAUUGGACUAUUGCUUGUGAAAGAAAUGACUUUCGUUUGCAUUCUUGGAGGUUCAGAAAUCAGCAUAUGCAUCCUCUGAAUUGUUUAAUAAAGCAUGGGUUUGAUC